CGAGAACUUUCCAUAGGAUCGACGUCAACCUUCAAAAAGUGCUCCCGUACUCCACAUUCAAGACACUCUCCACAUCUCCAAUUCACACAAAUGGACGGCCCCGUCGUAACAUUCAAGAAACGCGCACCAAAGGGCGUCGCUCGCAAGGCCGCACCUCCACCUCCGACCAACAGUUCAGACUCGUCCUCCGGUUCCGACAGUGAUGGCGAUGAUGGCCGUGUUGUGAAGAAGCGGAAGAUCCAAGGCAAUGCUCUCAAAGCAUCCACAGCAAACCAAAAGAACGCCACCGCCGCCGACUUGGGCACCACCAAAUACGAAGCAGACCGAAGCGCAGUCAUUGAAGCCAGCAGCGAUGCGACAAAACAAUCAAACUGGUACGAAGAGAACGCCAACGACACAUUGAGCUCGAAGAACCUGCUCGGCACCACGCGCUCGACGAAACCUACCAACUCGCUGAUCGAGACAAAACCCGAUGCGCCAAAGCGCCAAGUUGGGCCGAUGAAGUCCUCGUCCAACGUCCGAACGGUCACAUUCACAGACUAUGCGCCGGACGUGUGUAAGGAUUACAAACAAACUGGAUUCUGCGGUUUCGGCGACAGCUGCAAGUUUCUGCACGCCCGCGAGGACUACGCGGCAGGAUGGAAGUUGGACCGAGAUUGGGAGCUCUCCAACAAGGGCAAGCAACCGGGGGGAACGGUCGUGGCGUCGGCGAACAGGGACGCCAAACAGAAAGAGGACGAGUUCGAUGCCGCGCUGUUGGACAAGAUUCCUUUCGCCUGCAUCAUCUGCAAGAAUUCGUAUAAGACUCCUAUCGUGACCAAGUGUGGUCACUAUUUCUGCGAGUCUUGCGCUCUGAAGCGGUAUCGCAAGGACCCGACGUGUGCUGCAUGCAACGAGAAGACAAAUGGGAUAUUCAACACCGCAAAAAAUCUACGAAGGCUGCUCGAAAAGAAACAGAAGUAUGAGGACAAGAAGAAGGCCGAAGAAGAGGAAAAGAAGAAACAGGAGGAAGCAGACGCCGCCGCCUAAGAUAACUCCGAGAUUGACGCAUCUCAUACACCGACAGUAUUUGACGAAUACUACACGGCCCAUGCAUUGGGAUAACACCCAUGCUGCGAGAAAUGGAGGCAAUCUUGCUUCGAAGCCCUGGAUUUAACGACUCCAGCAUCAGGUCUCAAAGCAUAGCCAAUCGUAUGCAGGUUCCCACAACACCCUGCAUUUCCGGCUGGCGCAACAUCACCGACUUCUUGCACAUGUCGAAGAACAAACUUCGUACAUAUCCCAAGCAAGUUCAGCCUAGAGAAUAGAAGACCCCAAUCUGCACGUCUAGCGAUAUUCUUGUCCAGACAAGACAUCUAUAUCGGAAUCAUACCCUUAGCGCCUGGACAAUAAACCACACUCUCACAUAUACCCAGCAUCCAUCACCAGCCUGUACAAUAGCGACCUAACCCUAGCGCAUAAUCCAAUCAAACAGAUACCAAACCACCCACAUAG